AAUUAUUUACAAAGUGCCGUAAUUGAUGUGUUCCUUUGGGGUCAUGCUGCUGCUGAGUUCAGUUUUCCCGGGUUUCUAACCAAGUUUGAAGAUAAUGUUCGUAGAUUGUUCCAUCAGUUCAUUGAACGAUUCUACUUGUAAAUGCUAUGGCUGGACGUAAACUGCUCUUCCUGCUUUCUGCUUGUGCCCUCCUGGCCUGCUGCCCCGCCUCGGGCAAGAAUCCAAAGAGGCCUCCCAGUGCCGACAGGAGCCAGGAGGUGGCCAAGCAGGUCAUCAAGAUCCACCGAGGCAAGGAGCCCGGCGUCAGCGUGGGAGGGAGAACCAACCUUGGGGCCACGGGCAACCAGACCUCUAAGGAGGCAGCGGCACUGCUGAUGAUGAGGACCCUGGACGGCUGGCUGGGCAACUCCUGCCAGGCCCUGUCGGCCCUGAAGCAGACCAAGGAGCUGGUCAUCCGCAAGCUGGACCGCACCAUCGCCGAGGUGCAGCGGGACAAGACAGUGGAGCGGGCGGAGAAGCUGUUCCGGAUCCACAUGUUUGAGAUCUUCCAGCGGGAGCUGAACGAGAGCGAGGAUGCCAUCCUGAUGUCCAUCAACGGACUGAAGAGAGCACUGGAGGGCAACUACAAGGACGUGCUGAACAUGAAGGAGAGCAGCCGGCAGCGGCUGCAAGCCCUGCGAGAGGCCACGCUCCGGGAGGAACUGGAGUAUAACGACAUCUUGGCCGCUGAGAAGCACCAGAAGGCCUACCAGGAGCACCUGCGGCACUACAGCAAUGCGUCCCUGGCCCGCCGCAGCAAGGUGGAGGCCAUCCUGGACGAGAUUCUCUCGGACGUGGCCGAGGCCGCCGACAACCUGGAGAACAGGAUCGGGGAGCACGUCUUUGACCAGUCUAAACAGGCCAAAGGAGCACACGUGGAAGCCGUGGUUCGCCUGGAUGAUGAGGAUAUUGUGAAAGUACGCCGAGCCAACGGCGCCCACCAGGUGAGCAGGCAGCAAGGGAUGAGCCACCUGAUCGACGCCAGCGACAACCAGUACGUUUUGGCCAAGCCCAAGGACACCACAGUGCCCCUGGAGGACCACCACUUGCUGCAGGACAUCCUGCUGUUGUCCAUCCUGGCCUUCCUGUGUGGCUGGAUGUGUCUGUCACUUGGCCUGCCCACCAUGUUCGGCUACACCAUGGCCGGGGUCAUCCUAGGGUCGUCCGGACUCAACCUGAUCAAAGCUUUGGUGCAGUUUGAGACGUUGGGAGAAUUUGGCGCUUUCUUCAUUCUGUUCACAGUUGGCUUGGAAUUCUCGCCGGAAAAAAUCAAGAAGGUUUGGCGUAUCGCCGUGUUUGGCAGCAUCGCCAUGACCGUUAUCAUGAUCGUGUUUGGCGUGGUCUUUGGCUACAUCGUGAAUAUCAUCCCAGGCGAGAGCGCCUUCAUCGCUGCCUGUCUGUCCCUGUCCAGCACCCCCCUGGUGGUCAAGUUCCUGGGCGUCGGACACCCCAAAGAUGACAAAGACAUUGCGACGGACACAAGCGAGUUCGAGUACAGCUCCACCCUGCUAGGGAUCCUCGUGAUGCAGGACGUGCAGCUGGGCCUGCUGGUGGCCAUCCUGCCGGCCCUGGCCGGCGUGGAGACGGCCUCGGCCGCCGGCCUCAGCCCCAAGGUAGGGGACCAGGACACGGCCAGCCUGGUGGUGGAUUUCUUCAGCAUGGUCUUCCUCCUGACAAGAGUCUUGCUGGCCGUCGGCGCGGUGGUCCUGCUCAGCUUUGCCGUGACCCACUACGUCAUGCCCUUUGCCAUGCAGAAGCUGCGCUCGUCGGGCAGCAAGGAGAUCAUGAUCAUGGGCAGCGUGGCCCUGGCAUUCAACAUGCUCAUGAUCACAGACCUGCUGGGCGUGUCCAUGGAGCUGGGCUGCUUCCUGGCGGGUGUCAUCCUGAGCUCCAUGGGCCACGCCACGGCGGAGGAGAUCCGGGGCCUGGUGGAACCCAUCCGGGACUUCUUUGCCGCCCUCUUCUUUGGUGCCAUCGGACUUCACGUCUUCCCUUCUUUCGUCUUUUACGAGCUGACGUUUUUGACGAGCCUGACACUGAUAGUGGUCGCGAUGAAGUUUUUCACGGCCAUCUUUGUCCUCGGAAUCUUCCUUCCCCUGAGCAACCGGCACAUCAAGUGGAUCGUGGCCUCAGGGCUGGCCCAGGUCAGCGAGUUCUCCUUCGUUCUCGGGAGCAGGGCCCGGCGACUCGGCCUGCUGUCCAGGGAGGUGUACCUGUUGGUCCUGAGCGUGACCACCCUCAGUCUGCUGCUCGCCCCGGUACUGUGGAGGGUGUCGCUAUGGCGAUGCAGGCGCAUCCAACACCGUCCGACUGUGGUCAGGUGACGCCAGAGAUAUCUUCUGGCUGGGCUCAGCGACGCGAUCUUCAGAGGUUCAUUGACAGUCAAAGAAGUAUAGCAGAACUGGGACUUCAAAGCUUGUGUGCUUCUUAAAGCAAUAAUUGUGUCGUAGCUUUCUGUUUUUGCUUUUUUUCCCCUGUCUUUCAAAUGUGUUUUAGCCACCUCUUAGCCGCUCUGUCAAAAGGAGGAAUAAGUUCAAAUAACUUAUUUGUGGGUCAAGGAUCAGAGGUUAUCGGUCAAAGAGGCUUUGUGGUAGAUCUGUAGAUGGCACCGUCAGCCAACGCACAGGUGCAAAUUGUAGCUCUAGUGGUGCGGGUUUUCCUUUCAGUUAAGUAGUACAGGUAGUCUUUCCUUAAAUGAGCAUUUACGCUUCUUGCUUUCAUUCCAUGAGGCUGUUUGUCUUGUCUUAUCCGGGGACUGCAUUAACCACUACCCGCCGAGUGGAUUUCUCUUGAGCGGGAUGUGAUGGCGGGACCUUUUCAAGAUUUUCCGUUUUCAAAAAUCUUCAAAAAUUCA